AUGAACUUUUCUAAACGGGAAAAUAAAGAUAUUGAAAACCAAAAGAGAAUAUCUACUGCUUCCUCAAUACAAACUUCUUCGAAACGACGUGUAUAUGUUAAUAUUCCUUUACCACCUACAGAAUUAGAUCAAAAUGAUGAACCGAUAGAGAAUUAUGUCGCAAAUAAAAUUCGGACCUCAAAAUAUACCUUGUUGACCUUUUUACCUAAAAAUUUAAUAGAACAAUUUCGUAGGGUAGCAAAUAUGUAUUUCCUUUUUUUAGUUAUCUUACAAACUUUUCCCUUGGUGGGUGGUGAUGUACAACCAGUUUUAGCAGCCACUCCAUUAUUAUCAAUAAUAACAAUGACAGCUAUAAAGGAUGCAUUUGAAGAUUGGAAACGUCAUUCACAAGAUAAUUCUUUGAAUAGAUCUAAAACUGUAAAAUUAUCAAAUUGGAAUAAUGUAAAUGUAACAAAUGAUGGAAAUAAUUCUAAAUUUUUAAAAAGGAUAUGGUUUAAAAUUUUUGGAAAUACUAGUAAAAAUAAUAUUAAAGUAGGAGAUAUUGUUUGUCUAAAAAAUAAUGAAUCUGUACCAGCUGAUAUGAUAAUAUUAUCUACUAGUGAACCUGAUGGUUUGUGUUAUGUAGAAACUAAAGAACUUGAUGGAGAAACAAAUCUUAAAGUUCGUCAUUGUGUUUCGGCCACAUCCUCUAUGACUACCGAAAAUGAUUAUGAAAGAUUUAAAUUUUUUGUAGAAUCAGAACAACCACAUCCAAAUCUUUAUUCUUAUACUGGAUGUGCACUUCGUAAUACGGAAUGGGUUAUUGGAUUAGUUCUGUUUACAGGAACUGAUACAAAGAUCAUGUUGAAUUCGGGUGAUACACCAAGUAAAAGAAGUAGAAUUGAAAUUGAAACAAAUUUUCAUGUCACUAUGAAUUUCGUGAUUUUAUUUUUAAUGUGUUUUGGAUCUUCAAUUGCUGACGCUAUUUUCUAUAUUCAACCUAAAAGUUCUGCUGAUGUAUUUGAAGCGGGAGGUGGUAACGCUGAUAGUGCCUUAGCAAGUGCUUUUCUAACUUUUUGGGUGAGUUUAAUAUUAUUCCAAAAUAUUGUGCCUAUAUCAUUAUAUAUUACUAUUGAAGUGGUCAAAACUCUUCAGGCUUAUUUUAUUUAUUCAGAUAUUGAUAUGUAUUAUCCAAAACUUGAUUAUCCUUGUACUCCAAAAACCUGGAAUAUUUCUGAUGAUUUGGGUCAAAUAGAAUAUAUAUUUUCUGAUAAAACUGGUACUUUGACUCAAAAUGUUAUGGAAUUUAAAAAAUGUACUAUUAAUGGAAUCUCUUAUGGUCAAGGUGAAACUGAUACAACUCGUAGUGCAAAAUUAUCUGAACGUGGUAAAUCAUCUGCUAAGAAUGAUGAAAUGAAUCUGGCUGCUGAAAAAGAUUUAAUGUUACAAGAAAUGUCCACAAUAUUUAAUAAUAAAUAUAUGUCUUCAAAUGUGACUUUUAUUGAUUCAAAAUUAUAUCAAGAUUUAAAAGCGGAUGAUCAACAAUCUAAAGCAAUUCAAGAUUUUUUUUCGGCUUUAGCAUUAUGUCAUACUGUAUUGGUGGAACAUCCUGAUGAAAAUAAUCCUUAUAGAAUUGAUUAUAAAGCUCAAUCCCCUGAUGAAGCUGCUUUAGUUGGUUGUGCAAGAGAUGUGGGUUUCACAUUUCUUGAACGAUUUCAAGAUACUUUGACCAUAGAAUUAUUGGGUGAACGUAAAGAAUUCACUUUACUUAAUGUAUUGGAAUUUAAUAGUACUAGAAAGAGAAUGUCCGUAAUUAUUCGACCUCCUGAAGGUGGGAUAAUUCUUUUAUGUAAAGGAGCUGAUAGUGUAAUAUAUGAACGAUUGGAAAAAGGACAACAAACGAAAUUAAAAGAAGAUACGCUGGCAGAUUUAGAAAUGUUUGCUAAUGAAGGUCUUCGAACACUUUGUAUAGCAUAUCGAACGAUACCUGAUGAUGAAUAUAAUCAAUGGGCAAAAAAUUAUACAGAAGCUGCAUCUAGUAUUAAAGAUCGUGAAGAGAAAGUAGAACAAGUAUGUGAAAUGAUUGAACAUUCAUUAGUCCUCAUGGGUGGUACAGCUAUUGAAGAUCGUCUUCAAGAAGGUGUACCAGAAAGUAUAGCAACAUUAGCCACCGCCGGAAUAAAAAUUUGGGUUCUUACAGGAGACAAAACUGAAACUGCCAUAAAUAUAGGUUUUGCUUGUAAUCUAUUACAAAAGGAUAUGUUAUUAAUUAUAAUCGCUGCUACAGAUAAACGAAGUACUGGUCAUCAACUUAAAGAUGCUUUAAAUAAAUUCUUUGGUCCUAAUGUUGAUUCCGUUAAUCGAAGUAGUAAACAUGCUUUAAUAAUUGAUGGUGAAACAUUAAAAUAUGCAUUAGAUAAUUCAUUAAAAGAUUUACUUUUGGAUUUGGGAAAGAGAUGUCAAAGUGUUGUAUGUUGUCGUGUUAGUCCAUUACAAAAAGCUAAAGUUGUGGCUUUAGUAAAAGAAGGAUUGAAUGUGAUGACCUUAUCUAUAGGCGAUGGAGCCAACGAUGUAAGCAUGAUUCAAGAAGCUAAUGUGGGAGUUGGUAUUGCUGGUGAAGAAGGUAGACAAGCCACAAUGGCUGCAGAUUAUGCCUUUGCACAAUUUCGAUUUUUGGAUAAAUUAUUAUUGGUUCAUGGUCGAUGGUCAUAUAUUCGUAUUUCCGAAAUGAUAUCAUGUUUCUUUUACAAGAACAUAGUUUGGACUGUUGCCAUAUUUACAGCACAAUAUUUAUACGAUUAUACAUAUAUAUUGCUUUAUAAUCUCUUAUUUACAGCUUUUCCGGUUAUGUUUCUUGGUGCUUUUGAUCAAGAUGUGAAUACAAAAACUUCAUUAAAAUAUCCUCAAUUAUAUAAGCGUGGUAUUCUUCAACAAGAUUUUACGAAAUCGAAAUUCUGGCUUUAUGUUAUCGAUGCCGUUUACCAAUCAGUUGUAUGUUUUUUCAUACCUUGGGGAUUAUUACUAUAUGGUUCAUCACAUGCAAACGGACUACAAAACAAUGGUAUAAGUGAUUUAGGAACAAUGGUAGCUGGUUCUAUAGUUGCCACAACGAAUUUAUUUAUUGGAUUAAACAUAAUGAAUUGGUCAUGGAUGGCAUUUGCAGUUAUUAUCUUUAGUAUUCUAUCAUUUUAUAUUUGGGUAGAAUUUUAUUCACUUUGGUACAUUGGAUUCUUUAGAAUGGAUUUGAUAUUAUAUACAGAAAUAGAAUUUUGGCUUGCAGUUUCUUUAGCAGUUGUAAUCAGUAUUUUACCAAGGUAUUUGGUUAAAUAUGUUCAUAAAACUUAUUGGCCAAGUGAUACAGACAUUAUACGUGAACAAGUGGAUGAAGAAAGGAAAGCCAAGAAAAAACAAAUGAAAAGAUAUUCUGAGGAAGAACAUCAAGAUGAAGACAAAGUACCGAUAAAUAAUAGAGAUGAUAUUCCUACCCCAAGUCAUACUCCAAUAUAUGAAGUUGGACAAUCAAGUAAUGCAUCAGUUAAAAGUAUACCAAUUGUACCACCAAUAAUAGAACCAACCUCUUCAUUAACAUCGAUGAAACCAAGAUCCAUGUCAAAAUUACCAAAGAUCAGUACAUUAAUGAAAUCACGAAAAAAUUCUUUACGAUCAUCAGAACAAAUUGUUCAUAUGGGAUCAGGAAAACGACAAUCAUUCACUGGUUUUGCAUUCUCAGGUGAAGAAAGUUCAUUUGAAGAAUUUCGACGAUCAGUAUAUCGACCAAUUGGAUCAAAUCGUGGACGAAAAAUAUUAUUACAGAGAGCCAACACUUUAAAUACUUCCGCCCCUGCAACUGGUAGUAAUAGUCGUGUAUCAUAUUUAUCAGCCGCAUUAGGAAGAAGUAAAACGUUACCCAGUAGAUUAUUAUUUAGUCGAUGGUCACCAGCUCCUAGUAGAUCACCUUCACCAUCACCAAUACGGUCGAAUAGUAGUAGAAGUUUAUCGGAAAUUGAAGAACAAGACGGAACACGCUUUUCAUGGAAUGUCUUUCCGUCAUCUCGUUUAGAAGCAACUAGAACAAUUGUACCUAUAUCAUGUCUUUAUACUCCACUUAAGGAGAGAGAAGACUUACCACCAAUUUAUUAUGAACCAGUUACUUGUAAGGCACCUUGCCGUGCCAUUUUGAAUCCAUACUGUCAAAUUGAUGUUCGCGGAAAACUUUGGAUAUGCCCUUUUUGUCUCCAAAGGAAUGCUUUCCCCCCUCAUUAUAAAGAUAUUUCCAAUACUAACCUUCCCGCCGAAUUGUUACCAAAGUUUACUACUAUUGAGUAUACCUUAAGUCGUGCAGCUCAAGUUCCACCAAUUUUUUUAUUCGCGGUGGAUACAUGUCUUGAAGACGAUGAUUUGAAAGCAUUAAAAGAUUCUUUGGUUGUUAGUUUAAGCUUGUUACCACCUCAUGCAUUAGUUGGUUUAAUCACUUUUGGUACAAUGGCACAAGUUCAUGAACUUGGAUAUAGUGAAUGUCCAAAAUCUUAUGUUUUUCGAGGAACCAAAGAGUAUAGUUCAAAACAAGUUCAGGAGAUGCUUGGAUUAACUGCAACAAUGAUACGUCCUCAAAUGCAAAGACCUGGUCAACCAGGUAUUACACCAAAUCUAGGAGCUAGUAGAUUCCUUUUACCAGUUCAACAAUGUGAAUUUACUCUAACUUCAAUUUUGGAACAACUUCAACGUGAUCCGUGGCCUGUUGCUAAUGACAAACGACCACAAAGAUGUACGGGUGUAGCUAUGAGUGUUGCUAUUGGUGGUCGUAUUAUGCUUUUCUGUGGUGGAGCAGCUACAGAAGGUCCGGGUAUGGUUGUAGGUAAUGAAUUAAAGGAACCUAUUAGAUCACAUCAUGACAUCGAAAAAGAUAAUGUUAAAUAUUUUAAAAAUUUGGCUAAACGAGCAUCGGCAAAUGGUCAUAUUGUUGAUAUUUUUGCGGGAUGUUUAGAUCAAGUUGGAUUACUUGAAAUGAAAUCUAUGGUAAAUUUCACAGGAGGAUUUAUGAUUCUUUCAGAUUCCUUUACUACAGCUAUUUUUAAACAAAGUUUUCAAAGAGUAUUUAAUAAAGAUGCUCAAGGAAAUUUACAAAUGGGAUUUAAUGCGACACUAGAUGUUCAGACAACUCGGGAAAUGCGAGUUUGUGGUUUAAUUGGUCACGCAAUAUCUGCUAAUAAAAAGAGUGCAUCAGUUGCUGAAACAGAAAUUGGUAUAGCUAAUACAUCAGCCUGGAAAAUGUGUGGAAUUACUACAAAAACAACAGCUGCUAUAUAUUUUGAAGUUGUAAGCCAACAUGGUCAACCACUUCAACCUGGAUCAAGAGGAUUGAUCCAAUUUUUGACUCAUUAUCAACAUUCUAGUGGACAAUUUCGUUUAAGAGUUACUACGAUAGCAAGAAAUUUCGCAGAAGGAAAUAGUCCACUAAUUUCACAAUCUUUUGAUCAAGAAGCAGCAGCAGUUCUUAUGGCUCGAAUAGCUGUAUUUAAAGCUGAAAUUGAUGAUGGACCAGAUGUAUUAAGAUGGUUAGAUCGUAUGCUUAUUCGAUUAUGUCAAAAAUUUGCAGAAUAUAGGAAAGAUGAUCCUUCUUCAUUUAGAUUAGCUGAAAACUUUUCAAUAUAUCCACAAUUCAUGUUUCAUUUAAGAAGAAGUCAAUUCUUACAAGUUUUUAAUAAUAAAGAUGUUAAUAAUUCACUUAUAAUGAUUCAACCUACAUUAAUGUCAUAUGGUUUUGAUUCACCUCCUCAACCAGUUCUUUUAGAUUCAGUUUCUAUAAAACCUGAUGUUAUUUUGUUGCUUGACACAUUUUUCCAUAUUCUUAUCUUUCAUGGUGAAACUAUUGCAUUAUGGAGAAAGAGUGGUUAUCAAGAUCAAGAAGGUUAUGAAAAUUUCAAAGAAUUAUUGGAAGCACCCAAAACUGAUUCAGAGGAACUUUUGACAGAUAGAUUUCCUAUUCCUCGUUAUAUUGUUUGUGAUCAAAAUGGUUCACAAGCUCGAUUUUUACUUUCAAAACUUAAUCCUUCAACUACACAUGUUUCAGGAGGAAUGUAUGGUCCAACACACGGUCAAGCUAUUUUCACUGAUGAUGUUAGUUUACAAGUAUUUAUGGAACAUUUAAAGAAGUUGGCAGUUAGUGGUUCUUCUUAA